UCUCGAAGAAGAACAUUUAGGAUUUUCAAGACAGCAGCAACGGCGGGCGGUCAGUUACGAUAACGGCUGUCCCGGGGCGAAGUGAAGCCAAGUCUUCCUCAUUUGUGUUUUAUGUCCUUUUGUUUUGUUUUUUUUGCAUUUAUAAUUUGUCGUGAUGUCCGGUGAAGUGGAGACCAGCACAGAAGAGCAGCAGGAGAUGCAGGACACUGUUGUGAGUCCAGAAAAGGCAGAGGAGAUCAAACUGAAGGCCCGAUACCCUCAUCUGGGAGCCAGGCCUGGCGGGUCGGAUCUGUUGCGGAAAAGAAUGCAAAAGGGGCAAAAAUACUUUGAUUCGGGCGAUUAUAACAUGGCCAAAGCCAAGAUGAAGAACAAACAGCUUCCGGCAGCGGCGGCGGAGAAGACUGAGAUCACCGGAGACCACAUCCCCACCCCUCAGGAUCUUCCCCAGCGGAAACAGUCUCUGAUGGCCAGCAAACUCGCUGUCUAACGCCAGUCCUGCCGCCUGCUGCUCCUUACAUUCAUCUUACUGUUUCGUCUGUCUUUUCCUAUCCUUUCUUACUCUUGUUGUCUUCAAAUAUAGAAACACUCUUGAUAUAAAUACUUGUUUUUUUUGGUCAACUCUGCCACCAUUGCACUUGAAUUUAACUCGCAACAUCAGUGCCAAGGUUUAAACAUGGCGGUCUGACCAAAUAAGUCAUUUUGACAUUAUUUUAGAGUUUUACAUUUGUUUUUGUUUUCUCAUAACUAUAAGACUUGCAUGAAUAUGGACAGGACUUGAAAUAAUCACACCCACCUCCUCUGCCAAAUCUGUGCCUCCUGGAAGAAACAAAAAUGGCUUGUAGACGUUAACCUGAAGAGCUGAAGAAAGUCGACACGCUCUUAAUAGUUUAGUUUGUUGACAUUCGCUGUUUGCCUCCGACUUGUUAAUUAUGAAAAUGGCCUUAAAGCUGUUUGUCUCUCUCUCGGGUGAUGUUUAUUUGCCCUCUCCUCUUUGAUUGGUCGAUUAGGUUGUGUUGUCAUAACAACCCAAAUGAUUUAUCUGAGCUGUACAACCGUUUACUGUCACAACCGUGCCAUUUGUUUUGUAAAUAAACUAGUUUUGCACAUGC